AUGUGGCCGGUGGAGCCAGUGAGGGACCCGAACAGUGCGCGUCGAGCUGUCCACCGCCGUCGUGAGCCGACUUCACCAAGCAGUCGAAAGCGAGUCCGCACUGCCUGCAACAGCUGCAGCCUUCGACGGAUAAAAUGCUCGGGUGAGCAACCAUGUUCCCAAUGUCACCGGGCAACCAGACAUUGCGAAUAUCCUCUGGACUUCGACAAGGUGUCCGUUUCUCGUGCAGAGCUGGAGGCUCUCAAGGCUAGAUGCGAAGAGCUAGAGCGACGUAAUGCGCCAGCAACUCCAGCAUCCGGAUUGGUGAUAUCACCAUCCUCCAGGACUGCCUCUACCUUAGAGACGAGCAAUACCGGCACGGCCUUCGCCAGCAGCGCCACCACCACUGAGGACUUUGCUCCCUCUGAGGGCCGGCUGCUUCACGAUCCAGAUGGGACUGCGCGUUACCUUGGGCCAUCGUCUGGCGCACACUUUCUCAAUCGAGUCAAGGAAUUCAUGGCAACGAUACAGCCUCUUGUCGGCGCCCAACAAGGCUAUCCCCCUCAUUCAGGACAAGCAUUUCUUACAAGCGUUGGGCGCUAUCAAACGUUCGACUCGAGGACACUACAGCUUCUGCCCGUUGACCCGUUGCAACUCCCGAGCCAGACGGAGAUGACCCUCAUGGUCACCGAGUUUCGGUUUUUUGCUCAGGAUGGCAACGGAGAUUUCCCUAGCGGUGGCAUUUUCUACUGGGGCAAUCUCUCGUUUGCAAACCAGUUUCCUUAUGAUGCAGCAGCUCUGCGGACAUCAGGCCAACUCGCUCUCUUGCACAUGGUUCUGGCUGUAGCAGCUCGUCUGGGCUCUGCGGCUCAUUGGAAAGACGAAGAUUGUAGCGAACAUUUCUUCUCCAGAGCACAGCAGAUACUCGGCAACCCCCUUGAUAUCACUUGCCACACCUCACGCGACACCUCGGUCAUGCUUCUUAUGGCAUUCUAUUUGAUCGAGGCCAAUCGUCGUGAUGCUGCUUACAUCAUGGUCAGCGUUGCCCUACAUCUCGCCGUAAUGGAUGGUGCCCAUUGCAGUUGCGGUCAGGGUGAGGACUUGAAACGUACGUUCUGGACCUUGUAUGUGCUUGAUUGUUGGCUGUCAUCUGUGCUCGGACGACCACCCAGCAUCUCGGACAGUGCAAUUCAAUUACAGUUGCCAGAAGAAACGCCUGGAUUUCCAAGCCCAGUUGGCCUUCGUGCGCACAUAGACCUUGCCAAGAUCUCGCGUUAUAUCGUGUGCAACGUUUACCGAAUAGCUUCAUCCGAUCAGUCAUCGGCCACAUCUCUACAGCAUGUCGAGCAUGCUCUUUCGUUACUACGGCAGUGGCUGGCAUCCCUGCCUCCCACGCUGCAGAUCAACGGCCAGCAAUCGAGCAAAGAUAGAGCUUGUCUCGUGUUACAUCUCAUGUAUAACCAGGACGUAAUCCUUACAACGAGACCGAUAUUUUUCGCAGCUACCAAGAAAAUCCUCGCUGACAGGUUUCUAUCACAAAAGUCUCACAAAGACAGGACAGAAAACUACCAGAGUGAUUUAUACAUGGCUUGCGUCGGCCAUUGUCGCGACGCCUCCCGCGAAAAUAUUCGUCUUGGCCGGCUCAUUCGCGAUAUCAGCCCCAGGCAGAGGCUCACUCAUCAAGAAGCGCACGCAGUGUUCAACGCAGCUUUAAUCAUGUUGAUGCAGCAGCUUGCUUCUCUCCAAUCAGAGUCAGCAGAGACCGAUGAUGUCGCGUUCGCAAUUGAAGUAUUCCAGCAAGAGGCGAGGUUAGGGAACAACUUCGGCCUAGAUUGUCUCACAGUUCUACAGGAUUUGAGCUUUAUUGCCCGUGCACUGCCACAGGCCCAAGUCUCCGUAGCGGACGAGCAAAACAUAUCUGCUGCUACGUUUGCGACCAACAGUGAAGCGAAUGGUCCAGUCGAAUCUGCCAUUACUGCUCCAGAAAUCGACCUCCUCGAGAGUUCAUCCGACGGUCAGGCUGGAGUAGAGCUAAAUGGUGCAUUGUUCAGGGAACUACAGACGUGGCUUGAGAAUGACUAUUUAGAGAUAUACAAUGAUUUUAGACUUUGA